GUGGUUCAUAAAUGAUAAGAUAAUCUAUCAUUCUUAUCACUUAAAAUUCAUUUAUACUCACCAAACAAUUUCACAUUCUCCUAUUAAAUUCAUUCAUUCGAGUUGUAACUUUUGAGAGAGUCAAAUGGAGAACGUUGACGAGAGUUCUAUUUUAAAACCUGGUACCAGAAUAAAGCCUAAACUUGAUGCAGACACAGCCAAAAUUAUAUUACAGAAAACUUACGGAGUUAAAGUUCUUGAGAUUUGUGAGCUUAAUUCAUAUGACGAUAAAAAUUUCUUAGUUUUUGCAGAUAAAAACAUAAAAAAUCCUCAUAUUAAUUUUUGUGCUGACGGAUACGUUUUAAAAAUCUUGAACUCGUUUGAUUCGAAAAAAAUUGCAUUUAUUGAAGGUCAAACAGAAUUAUCACUUUAUUUAAAUAAUCAGAAGAUAAUAUGUCCUCGUCAACUUCAAGAUGUAAAUGGAAAUUAUUACUCAUUUGAAAACGAAAAUAUUAUUCGAUUGUAUGAGUUUAUACCUGGUAAAAUUCUCUGCGAUGUACCAUCAUGCUCAAAUUUAUUUUAUCAAGCCGGAGUUUUUCUUGGAAAGAUGGAUAGUACCCUAAAGAAUUUUAACCACGAUGGAUACAAAAAUCACAAGACAUUAUGGAUGCUUUCAUCAGUGCCACAUCUAGACGAAUUUGUGAACGUAGUAAUCGAUGAAGAAAAACGAGGAAUGGUUGAAGACAUUAUUGAUUUCUUUAAGCAAAGAGUGUUAAAUCAUAUAGAUGAGUUUCCAAAGCAAAUCAUUCAUGGAGAUUUUAAUGAACAAAAUGUACUUGUCAAUAAAAUUCCAACCUCUGGAGAUUACAGAGUUGCGGGAGUAAUCGAUUAUGGAGAUACUCAAUAUUCAUGCCUUCUAUUUGAAAUAGCCAUCGCUCUUACAUAUAUGAUGUUGAUUACUGGAGAUAUUGAAACUGGAGGAUAUUUUCUUGCCGGCUAUAAAAUGGUUCGUUUGAUACCAGAAAAUGAAAUGAAUUUACUUAGGAUUUGCGUGUGUGCGCGUCUAUGUCAAUCGCUCGUUCUUGGACUCUAUUCUCACAAAUUUGAUCAAAGUAAUCAAUAUUUACUGACAACUCAAGGGGCAGGAUGGAACUUACUAAGAAAUUUGUAUACUAAAACUGACAAGGAAGUUUGCCAAAUUUGGAAUGAAGUUGCAGAUGAUUAUUUGACUCAAAGUUACAAAUAGUAACUAUUCAUUGUAUUGCCUUGGAAUAUAUAUACAGUCUGUUAUGCAUCAUUUAAUUUUAUUUGUUAAAAUAUGCUUUAAUUUCUUGUUUAGGUAAUAAACUCAAAAUAUGUAAUAAAAUUUUAUAUAA